GGCACAGACAAAGUAAUCUCUCUCCUUUGACCACCCCAUCCUCGCAACAGCAGCCAGUCUCACUUGCUUUCCUUCAGCACCCCUUCCACCCUAUUCUCCCGCUCUACAUCCCUGAAACCUUACCAGCUAGCGUCAGCGACAAUGGUCAGUGCAGAGAGAUGAAGAGGGUAAAUACAUCACGUUUCAUUUCAAUUUCGGCUAUGCCAUCGAAAAAUUACGGGGGCUGAGAACUUCGAGGAAAAUAAUCUAGGGAGUGAAGAUGGUUAAUGAGUAAUCACAAAUUCUUAUCACCUAACGCACAAGUUGAUCAGAGCGGUCCAGCUGUCUUGGCAUAACCUAUUUCAUUUAUUUCCAUUAUGACCGCACAUUUACUGUGGGCUAUGUCGCAGCGGGAGGAUAUUUGAAAAGGGCAGAGGGAGGUAGGUUGCUAAGAGAGAGAGAGAUAGAGAGACUUGGCAGCACAUUAUUAUAAUGAUGGUGAGUGACUGAUCCACACUUGACGCUGGCGACUUAAUUUGGAACUACAAGCAAGGGCGAUUCUGUCGUUUCGUCUGCUUCUGGAGGGCAUCGGGACGAACCUACAAAUUGCCUGAACAACGCUCUGAGAGGCGCACAAAAGAAAGCCUGGGAGAAAAAGACGACUGGUGUAAAGGCGACUGUCAGAGACGGAAGCUUCCGCGGAGCACCAAACCACAGGUGUGACUGGAGAGAGAUUUCAGCCACUCUGAUCAACACAGAGAGGGAGCUGUCUCUACUGACGUCAGAACCGGACGACCUAAAAGAAACUUUCACAAAAGUUUCAAGAACGCUACCCUCAAACAAGCAAGGCUGAAGAUAUCAAGUCUUUGAAGUGGACUGAGUAUCAUGUCUUGAGAUUGGCCUCAGUUUGUUUUUAGAAUAUCAACCCUAAUGGUUGACACGGCCAGGGUUUAAUGCUCCCAAUGCUGUUAAUUCAAGAACACAUUUCUGUCUUCGUAGAAGAUUAAAGUACUUGGUGGGAUUCAUUUUUGGUAAAGGAACUGAGGUAUAGAAUGGGGCUACAGGAUCUUACCCGAGGCUAAACCCUGAUAUAGCAACCCACUUCUUAUCUUUUUAGAUCAGUCAAAAAUAUAUAUAUAUAUUCCAGCCCAUUCCUCCCAGCUUUGAGAGGGAAAUGGACAAGAUGAUGUGGACUCAGCUGAGAAUGUGGAGUCUCAGUUCCAAUCUGGAUAUGGCUUUGAGAUCAGACAUUCCGGGAAUCAACGCGAGGGCUCUACUGGGAUAGAGCGCACCCUGGUAUUCACACAGCCAGCAGCAUUUUCUCUGUGAUUUUUUUCAUGGGAAAAUUCAAGCCCACACAAAUGCCUAAGGCAAGUGUACAGUAGGGUUGCCUGCAAGCGUGGUAGUCUGAAUCCUCGAGGUGGACUGUUCUUUUCAUCCACUGCACCAGGACCCACACGCACCAGGACCCACAAGCACCAGAGGAGACAGACCCACACGGUCCAGGACCCACACGCUGCAGGACCCACACGUUCCAGGACCCACGCGCUCCAGGACCCACAUGCUCCAGGACCCACACACUCCAGGACCCACACGCUGCAGGACCCACACACUCCAGGACCUACACUUUCCAGGACCCACACACUGCAGGACCCACACACUGCAGGACCCACACGCUGCAGGACCCACAUGCUGCAGGACCCACACACUCCAGGACCUACACUUUCCAGGACCCACACGCUGCAGGACCCACCCACACGCUGCAGGACCCACACGCUCCAGGACAUACACUUUCCAGGACCCACACGCUGCAGGACCCACACGCUGCAGAGGAGACAGACUCACAACUCCAGAGGAGACAGACUCACAACUCCAGAGGAGACAGACUCACAGCUCCAGAGGAGACAGACUCACAACUCCAGAGGAGACAGACUCACAACUCCAGGGGAGACAGACUCACAACUCCAGAGGAGACAGACUCACAGCUCCAGAGGAGACAGACUCACAGCUCCAGAGGAGACAGACUCACAGCUCCAGAUCUGUAUCUUUUACAACACAAGUCUAUCUAGGGCUGAAGGAGCCAGCCUGGUUUGAGCUGAUCCUUAGGAUUCAAGGAUCCAGGAAGUUGAGAUCGAGAGGAAGGGACGUUCAUCAUCAGCACCAUGGCGUCUGAGGGAGUGGUCGAGCUGCGUGAUUGGCUGUUCCUGCUCAUGCUCUGCCUGACUCUGUUGGCCGAGGUGCUGGAGAUUGCUGCAGCCACAGGGUACGACGAGGAGGGAGACCCAGUGUGCCCCUCUGUCUGCCGAUGUGACGAGGACUUCAUCUACUGCAACGACCGUGGCCUGAGCUCUAUCCCCCCUCUGCCCCCCUCUGCCACUGUGCUCUACCUUCAGAACAACCACAUAGACAACGCCGGGCUCCCCACCUCCCUGGAGCGUCAACUCACCGUCCGAGUAGUCUACUUGUAUGAUAACGAGCUGGAUGACUUCCCCAUGCACCUUCCCCCUUCCCUCCGGGAGCUGCACCUGCAGGAUAACAACAUCCGUACGCUUCCCCGCGCCACCCUGGCCCGCAUGCCUCUACUGGAGAAGCUGCACCUGGACGACAACUCUGUCUCCACCGUCAGCAUCGAGGACCAGGCCUUCGUUGACAACCCACGGCUGCGCCUGCUUUUCCUGUCACGUAACCACCUGUCCAGCAUCCCUUCUGGGCUCCCGGCCUCUCUGGAGGAACUGAGGCUGGACGACAACCGCAUCUCCACCAUCCCCACCCACGCCUUCCGUGGCCUCUCCUCCCUGCGACGCCUCGUUCUGGAUGGGAACCUCCUGGCCAACCAGCGCAUCGCAGAUGACACCUUCUCCCGCCUCUCCAACCUGACAGAGCUUUCAUUGGUGCGUAACUCCCUCCUGACCCCGCCACUCAACCUGCCCAAUACCCACCUGCAGCGUCUCUCUCUGCAGGACAACGCUCUGAUCCACAUUCCCCGUGGCUCCCUGGAUGGCAUGAGGAGGCUCCAGAGACUGGACCUGUCUGGCAACAACCUGACCACCCUGCCUCGGGGCCUGUUCAAAGACCUGGACAGCCUGGGACAACUGCUGGUGCGGGGGAAUCCCUGGCACUGUGGCUGUAACCUGCGCUGGUUACAUGACUGGCUGCAUGCUAGGGGUAACUCCAUCACGGUGAGGGGCCUCACCUGCCAGGGGCCUGACAAGGUUCGAGACAUGGCCCUUAAGGACCUGACCAGUCAGAUGGAGGAGUGUGAAGUCCCAGGCAUAGUGGCUGUCGGGGCUGGGGCUGGGGUCGGGGCCACAGGAAGUGAGACCAGAGACAGAGGGGGUGGAGCAGAAGUAGGAGGGGUUGCUGCUAGCUCCACCACUAUCGCCCCUCCACAGGGCUCCCUCUUCACCCUGCGCUCCAAGCGGCCCGGCCUGGGGCUCCCAGACUCUGGUCUAGACUACACACUGGGCAGCAGUGGAGUAGGUAAGAGCCUGGCCCUGAAUGUCAAGCCCUUGGCCCCCGACAGCAUCCGUGUCACCUGGAGCGUGGCCCAGCCCACCUCCUCCUUCAGACUUAGUUGGCUGCGGCUGGGAACCAGCGCUGCGAUGGGCUCCAUCACAGAGACCCUGGUGAGAGGAGACCGCAGAGAGUACCUGCUCACCUCCCUGCACCCCCGCUCCAGCUACAUCAUCUGCAUGGUGCCCCUGGCGGCCAGCUCCGGGGGUAGAGGAGCCAUGACAGGUGGAAACACUGACUCAGAUGAAGCUCCAGUGUGCGCUAAAGCUGAGACGUCAGACCCCAGUCAGCCAGAUGUGGGCCAGGAGGACAACCAGCACCCUGAACACAUGGCUACUCUGCCUCUGGCUGGGAUCAUUGGAGGAGCUACGGCCAUCGUCUCUCUGACGCUCAUAGUUGCCGUCUUUUGCUGGUACAGGCAUCGGGCCGGACGCCUGUCUUCUCGUGACCACUACAGCCGUGGCAGCUCCAGAAAGAGCAAGCACUAUGAUGACUACAUUGAGUCAGGCACAAAGAAGGACACCACCAUCCUGGAGAUCCGAAGCCCAGGGUUCCAGAUGACACCCAUGGUUACCCACCAGCCGCUGCAGCCCAUGCCCCUCCGGGAGGAUUACAUCAUCCACACUAUAUUCCCCUCCAAUGGCACCGGCCUCUACAAAGGUGCCCACCAAGUGUCCAAUGCAGGGUAUGGCACCAACCGUGGCUAUAGAGAAGGAGGGAUCCCAGAUAUAGACUACUGUUACACGUGAUAGUCCUGGCCAGUUCCACACUGUUCUAGAUGUACUGUAUAGAUGCACAGUUUUUUUGUCCGCAUGGGUUCUUCUGAAGCACCCCCUUUUGUGCCUUCCUCUUCUAGUCUCCCAUUCCAGCUAAGCCUGCUGUUCACUGCACUGGCACUAUUUGAUUAAUUGGUUGGGAUGCCUGCAGGAAACCGCUACUGGUACACAGCAGCAGGGACUAACAAACGUCCCAUUACAGGUGUUGAUACAGACUGCUUCUUCACACCAUUAGUAGUGGUCAGUGUACUUUUUCAUCACUGCUCCCUCUCUCAGUGAGACAUAGUAAAAUAAUGUGCUGUGUUGAAACGGCAAAAUAUUUUCACAUACAGUACAGUUCCAUUUCAGGGCAUAUGUAUGGAAAGUCACACUAACAAAGCUGUAAGGUUAAAAAGUCCUGAAAGGGUCAGAAAGACAGACUGAUAUUCAUCCCUUGCCCACUGGCCAUAUUUUGCCCUCUUGGCUCAUCCGUUUAAAUGCCUCAACUAUCCCGAUGUGCCCAUUUUGUCCUAUCAGUUACCUGAAGACAGGGCUCUUUAAAGCUGUGAAUUGUUCUUUUUCAAACGGCCCACAUAACCGCUUGUCUUAAAGCAGACUAGUUGUAGUCUGAUCCAGUGGUUCCACAGGGUGAGGGUCUUGUCAGGGCCCAGGGGUGGCUGUCCCUGAAGAUAUCCUUGAUGACUCUGGCUAGAUUCUAUAACAGAACAAUGCAUUGAAUUCAAUGCAGCCCAGGCUUGUAGAUACUUUACUUAGAUAGACAUCCACUGAUCAAAGCUAGUGCUUUGAUCAGUCCCUCAUUGCUACCCUUAUUUAUUGGUUUUGUUUUCGGUGCAUUUUUUUGGAGCUGGGCCUUGACAUUUUUGAUGGGGAAAUUACUCUAAUUUCACCCUUGAUGGGGAUGAUGGAUUUGUUGUAGGUCAUUUUUGAGCAAGAAGAAGAUUUAAAAAAUAAAUUUAAAAACUCUGAAGAUUCGAAUUCUCUUGACUGCACCAGCGUGAAUGUUUAUGUUGUGUACACCCCUUCAAUUAAAACUAUCUGAAGCAAAAGAGACAUUAUCAGUUUACAAGACAGAACUUGGUUAAUAAUAGAGUACCCUGCCAAGACUGACAAAUCACUACAUUGAGACUUAAGAGUCAAACCUCCAUUUCUCCCUCUGUGUACUUAUCAAGUUACCUUAGAAGGUGGUGGUGUUCUGGUGAGAAGGGGGGCCUCCGCUUGGUACUAGAUGGCUUUGUAGUUGUUCACUAGUGGGCCGAUUCCCAACAGGACAGAGGACCUCUGUGGAGCAUCCUGUGGACAGACACAGCAGUCUUGUAAGUGUGAACCAGAAAAUGAGUAUGUAAACAGCUAGAGGAUAUCAGGUAGAUUAUCAAACCGUAACACUGUGGACCUGCACUGUGGGAGGGAGUGAGUAGGUAGAGGAUCUGAGGAGGUGGGGUGAGGCGACAAUGGGGCGAGUUCUAUUUUCCUUUGUGUGGGCACUGAUGAUAAUCCUCUGCUCAACUGGGUUGGGCUCAAUUCCAAUUGAAGGCAGUCAAUUCAGGAAGUGAUUUGAAUUUAAAACUCUUGAAAUAAAUAGCUUUUCAGUUUAUUGAGAAGUCAUUGAAAAUAAAUGCCCUUAUUUAGAUUAUUUGAUUGUAAUUUUAGUUUACUUCUUGAAUUGACUGCCUUCAUUUUGAAUUGAGCCCAACCCUGCUACUCAGUCCACUUCCCCUAUACCCAGCAGCACUACAAAUGUAAAUGAAUCAGCACUUACAGCUACGUAACAGGGAGUGAAUGAGGGGAUAAUGACAGACAGGGAGACCUAGAGAGACACAGAGGAAAAGAGAGUGACAGAUUCAAAUGCAGAAGACAACACAGAAAUGAUGGCUCUGGAACGACGGAGUUAACCCAUGCAUAAACCUGUUUGUCAUAGCCUGCUACUCCACAUUGCUUUAAUAUUCUCCAUUGCUUGUUUAUCACUUUACUGUUUCCAUGGUGGAAACAAAUGGUGAUUCCUUGGCUGUUUUGUCUGUUAGGAUUUCGUAGUAGGUUGACUGUCAGACAAUAUGUCAAAGGAGAGUUCAUUUUAUUUUGAAUACAACAUGUGAGACUGGAAUAAAUGAUGCUGUUGGUGGCAGGUUUUUAUUUUAGAAAAUAUUGAUACACAUUUUUUAUUUUUUUUAUUUAGUUUAUUCAUUUUAUGCUGUUACCAUGACAUCCACUAAUUUCCACUUUGAGAUACCAUCUACACCUGUCUCUACAGGAAAAACAAAAUACUGAGCCUUUUAAAAGUGUGCACAUUUUUUGUGGUAGGGUCUCUAUUGAGUGUACACCUUCUUUAGAAAUCAAUUCUCAGAGAGUGGUAAUAAUACAGUAUAAUCUAUCACAUUACAGCAACAACGUCGCCAUUUCACCAUAUGUAAGAGCACAAAUAACUGUUGAAAUAUAUAUAUUUUAUUUUUUGAAGUAACCACACAUAGGGGUAAUAGUGAGGGGAAGAAUCAUAUCACAGGUAACCAGCUUACAUACAGAAACCAGGCCUGCAUGAUUUACUGUAACUCCCUCUCUGCCUAUUACUCGCCCUCUCUCUCCUAUAAAACAUAGUGUAUUUAUUUGGUAUGUAGCUAUUACGGCAGGUAGCAUAGUGGUUAGAGGGUUGUACCAGUUACCGCUAGGUCGCUGGUUCAAAUGAGCCGACAAGGUGAAAAAUGAACAAGGUACUUAACCCUAAUUUGCUUUACUAUGGCUGACCCUGUAAAACACCACAUUUCACUGCACCUAUGUGACAAUAUAUAUAUUUUUUAAUUAUUGUUUCUAGUUGAGCUUGCAUGCCUAGAUAUGUAUGUUUGAGAGAAAGGGAGUCAGAGAGAGAGAGAGAGAGAGAGAGAGUCAGAGAGAGAGAGAGAGAGAGAGAGAGAGAGAGAGAGAGAGAGAACAUAGUAAGUAUGCAGAUUGUGUGCAUCACAGUCAUCGCAGGGAGCACUUACGGUAAUUUUGUUUCAUUUUUUUAGACCAUCUGCCGAUUUUACUUCUCUGUCGACUCGACCAGCAGUUGGUGUUUGUGUGUGUGUCAGAUUGUGUGGCUCCUGCCGACUCAGACCAGCAGUUGUUCCACCUGCAGCCCAUUAACACAGAUGUCUUCCCUUCCCUGCUGCGACUGCCCUGGCUCCACCGAAAGGCCCUGUUUGCAUAGUCUGUGUUUCGAAAAAAAAUAAAACACUCCACUCUGUGCUCAGAUCGAUGCUAGCUGCACAAUAACAGAGAGCGAAAACAGGGUCAGCUGGGGAUCCGUCACCCAGCACACUUUCUAAAGCUUUCUGGGUGAAAUGGUGCUCAUCAUUAUCAUCAUUAUCAUCAAUUAUUGCACAUUCCCAUCCACAUUCAGCGCGCCCUCUUCAUGCCCCUUCUCUUAGUAGAGUGCCCAUCACCCAACCCACACAAGAGUUGGAAGCCUUUGGUAUGCUGAGUGGAUCCAGGUUUCAGGCGCCAACUUGUGCCACUUUCACAUCAUGUCGGAAACUUGGAAACUCUUGAGAUUUCUGACUUGCUUACUCAUUGUAGAAAGAUGAUACUCGAGUUUCCCACUUGGGAAUUAUCAGAAUCAACCAACAGGAAGCUUUACGCAAAUAACUUAGGUUAAUUUUAACUCUGAGAUCCCAAGUUUCCAACAUGACAUGAACACGGCAUAACACAGGAAAUUCAAGGCAAUGGUCUGUGGUUUUAUGCUUUAAAAAAUCAUUUUAAUGUUGUUUUUUUGUCUACCCCUCGACAUUUUUCCUGUGUUUUUUGUAAGUUGCUGCUGUCGAAACAUCGCUCUCUCUUCCUUUGUUGGACUCUGUGUUAUACUGAGAAAAAAUGAAAAAUUUUGUAUAAAGGAUGUCUCUUUUCAAUGUGAUUAAAGAGGAAAUGUGCAAAGCC